CUGGGCACGUGUUUCUAUAAAAGGCUUUUCCCGGACACGCACAAAGGCUACCACAAUCAGCCAUCCUGAAUCAUCUGCAGAAAAUAUGAAAUUCGCUGGCAUAGACGGUUCUUUCUUCGUUCUCUUCACCCUCACUGCUCUUUGGAAUGCAGAAGGAGCUCAAGACUCUUGCGCACACCAAUGUGGGGAGCGGCUUGGUACCUGCUCUUGCCAGGCAACAUGCCAAUCCUUGAAGACUUGCUGUCCUGAUUAUACAGAAUUUUGUCUUCAGAUUUCUCCAUACUCAGGAUCUCUAAUGGGAGGCAAAGUCUUUUUGAUUGAAAAUACAACUUUUGAUGCCUCUUCAGAGAUAAAGUGCAGGUUCAAGCAGGAAAUCGAAACCAGGGGGUAUCUUGCUCAGGAUGGAAGAGUCCACUGCACCUCCCCAUUGCUGUAUGAGACUGGUUUCAUCCCUUUUGAUGUUUCUACAGAUGGCGGGGUGACAUUCCCGUACUCUGGAACUUGGUUAUCAGUACAUCACAGCAAAGUUUCAGAUGGAGAAAAAUGCACCUUGGUCAAUCAGACAAAAUGGCAAUACUAUGGCACCCCCAACACCGAUGGAAACUUAACGCUUACCUGGACACAGCAGGCACUUACAGAAACCCAAAUCGACAUAGAAGUCUGGGGAUACCAGGAAACAGGUGACAGUUACUCAGAAAACUGGUCGGCCGAAUGGAAAUAUCUUUAUACUUUGGCCAAAAAAAUCCCCAAUAACGGGAAAUUUUCUUUCAUUCCUGUACCCGCUGAAGGAAAUUACAGUACGUGGGACUAUGGAAUUUUGAGAAUUACACCCAGCAGCUAUCCUGACGGGCAGAGCAAUGUUCCAGCAGUCUGGAGCUCAGACCAUGCACUGGCUUGGCACCUUGGGCAAGACUUCAGAAAUGACCCAAAUGCAUGGGCAACUGCGAAAUGUGUAGAAUGGGAGAAAAAGGAGGAGAAGCUUCCAGACUUCAUGGAAGAAAUUAUAGAUUGCCCUUGCACCUUGGCACAGGCACGAGCUGACACUGGCAGGUUCCAUACAGAUUACGGCUGUGACAUUGAAAAGGAGAGUGUGUGUACUUACCACCCCGGCGCAGUGCAUUGUGUAAGAGCCAUCCAAGCCAGCCCCCGGUACGCGGCAGGACAGCAGUGCUGCUACGACCGCACGGGGGCCCAGAUCCUCACGCACGACUCCACGGGAGGCAGCACACCCGAUCGAGGCCACGACUGGGGCUCACCACCUUUCCUGAAGCCCCCCCGGAUACCUGGCUUUUCCCACUGGCUUUACGACGUCAUCAGCUUCUAUUACUGCUGCCUGUGGUCUGAUAACUGUCAUGUCUAUAUGAAAAAACGGUCCUCCAGCGACUGCCGGACGUACCGCCCGCCUCGAGCUGCAUCUGCUUUUGGGGAUCCUCACUUCCUCACGUUUGAUGGUCUGAACUUCACCUUCAAAGGUCACGGAGAAUACACGUUGGUAGAGUCUGAUCUCACAUCCCUACGUGUGCAAGGGAGGACCCAGCAAGUACACUUUCCCAACGGAACUGGGGCUCAGGUGACAGGCUUGUCCGCGGUGGCCAUGCAGGAGAACAACUCUGAUGUGAUCGAAGUGCGCUACUUGAACGAUUAUCUGCAGGUCCUCUUGAACCAGAAGGUCGUCAACUUCUCUGAGCAAAGUUGGCUGGACCUGAAAGGUCUCUUUCUCCAUUCUACAGCUGAUCAGAACAUCACAGUGAUGUUCUCUUCUGGGUCUGGCGUGGAAAUAAGGGGAAGUGGAGGAUUUCUGACCCUGACAGUUCUGCUCCCAGAGAAGUUUAUGAAUCACACACAGGGUCUCUUUGGGGUAAUGAAUGGCAAUAUGGAGGAUGACUAUACCUUCAAGAAUAAGACCACCAUGUCAGUUCAUGCAAGUCCCCAGCAGGUGUUUGAGUUUGGAGCUAACUGGGCUGUUGAAAAUGGAACUUCUCUCUUUACUUAUGACACAGAGUCCUUACUGAACAAUUUCUUUUAUGGGGAAAAGCACAAUGCUUCCUUUCUGCCCGUGUUCACUCCUUACGAAGACCCUGCGGAUCCGCUGGUGAAAGACAUGGUCUCGCUCUGUGACUCUGACCCCUUCUGCAGAUUCGAUGUCCUGACAACAAGAAACCUUCAAGUGGGAAAUUCCACAAGACGAUCUCAUCAGAAUCACAAGCGGCUGGUAGAAAAUCUAAAGCCAGUGAUCUCUUGUGGCUGGCUGGGUCAUCCGACCAACGGAACAAAGAAUGGAACUAAUUACCUGCUGGGCUCAACCAUCGCUUUCACCUGCGACGAGGGCUAUGAACUCACCGGGGCAAAGGAAAGAACUUGCCAAGCGACGGGGACGUGGUCUGGAGAAACACCCAGUUGCGUCGCGAGAGCAGAUAUCAAACAAAUGAUUCUUCUUGGCUGUGUAUUUGGAAUAGUCGGUCUUGCAGUCCUGGGACGUCUGACUUUCUUGUGCAGGAAGGAGAGGCGCAAAGAAAACCAGAAACUUCUUUCAGAGGUGCGAGUUGGAUCUGACCAAGAAACAGCGAAUUUCCAGAGGAGUUUUUAAUGAAAUACAGAAAAAGCAUAGCAGAUAUAGUCCACAGCAACAAAGACAGACUUUCCAAACAUGAACAAUGUUUUCAUACAGUAUACUAUUAUUUGAUUUCUGCUUUUAAUGUAAUGAGCGUGGAAUUGUACGGGAAAUGCUCACCAGCGUCCUGGGAUGACGUGGUGGCAGGCUCAGCCCACCGCCUGUCAGGAGCGAAGGAUAACGCUUCCGAAAGCAUCAGUCUCCAAGGUACGGGCACUAGUUUGACGUUGGCAAAAUGCAAAGACUCCCAGCCGACUACGCUGGCCGUUGUCAGAGAAACAUUCACCUUCUCUGGGGCCACGUAAGGCUGACUUAGACAGAUGUGAAAGCGGGUGCACCGUCAGGUGGACUACUGGCAAGUGGGGCUGAAUCUGCAGAUUGUUGGGGUGUUUUUUAGUAUGGAGGGAGAGAUAUUGUAGAUAUUUAAACAUUGCAUUCAAGUCUCUGAACACAGUCUCAAAGUGGCACUUUUAUUUCAGUCCUGCUCUAAUUUUAAAAGGACACAAUGUGGGGGCAGGGAGGGGAAAUACUGAGAAAAUGAAACCUUUCAACCUUUCCUUCCAGGUUAACUUCUAAUGAUUUUUUUUAAAAUCCAUCUUUAUUCAACCGUGCAAUUAGAUUCCAUCUUCAAAACAAAAAAAUCUGUUACCUGCACUGGAAAUGUUUUGCAAAACUUGCAAUGUUUUCCUUGAAUAACUGCAACAUGCCUACUGUUUCUGUUUUAAUACCUACCUGUAUUACAGUCUGUUUCAUUAUCUUCAUUAAAAAGUGAUUUCUGAACUACUACCCUUUACAGAAUCCUUUUACCAAAACCAAUCACCAUUUGCUUUUGUCUACACCCCAAAGGGUUUGUGAAGUUGGUUUUGUGUUGUCCAACUCUUUUGAUAGCAAAAGAAUUACUCACGUUUGCAGGUCGUUUGGUCUGGUUUUCUACAGUCUUUAAUUCAUAAACUACUCCAAAAUCACAGUGGUUUCAAAAAGCAAGGACAAAA